CUACAGCUUUCCCUGAACUGAAACCAGCAGGGAUGUAGGAGGAUUUCUGAAUUUUCCCGUGCGGUGCCCACCAAGUUAAAAAGAUGGCUGCAGAAAGGCAUUGCAUAACUGUUCUCUUACUCUAUUUUAAGCACUUUCCUGCAUUUAUUUUAUUUAAUAGGCAUUUGUGUCAGACCAUAGCAUAUAGAUGCAACUAAAUUUAUAAAAAAACAAGGAAACUGGAGCAAAUUUUUGCACUCCAGCUGGAAGAUUGCUGCAUUUUCCCAUAUGUAUCAAGCAAUAUACCAAAGACAACAGACACCUGGGUCAGAAGGAGACCAGAAAUCCAGAGAUACUUAGUAGCAUAAUGAGUCAUUAGUGUCCACAUUUGAUUUUGGCAUUGCAGAAACCUUAUAAACACAUUUUUCUACAACUACAUGCAGCACUUAUUUUCCAUAAAAUACAUGAAUAUGUGUAGAUACUCUAAUCCAUUUUGCUUCUCAAUUCACUGCCUCUUUUCAUCACUUAUGAAAUACCUGGUUGCUAGAACCUUGAAGGUUAUUCAGAGUAGUAGCUGUACUAACCUUUUUCUUGAGCUCUGAAAUAUCAACUCCAACAACCCCUCUGCACACACACACACAGUCACUCAAAUGAGACACAGAGGGGAGGGGGGUGUGUGUUACUAAGCCUCUCCAGAUUCUGAUACAAACCAGAAGUUCUAAGCAAGACUGAUUUGUUGGGGGUUUUUUGAAAGAAGGAAAAAGAAGAAGAGGGAAAGGAGGGAAAAGAAGGAGAAGAGGGAAAGGCAAAAGAUAGCCUUGUACUGGAGAGUCGUUGCCUGCCAGGAAUUCACUCCAUGCGACUGGAACUCAUGCUGCCAGGAGCUGUCCCCAAAAGAGCAGUUCCCCAGUGGCUGCCCCAGCUUCCCCCCGAACAGCCCAGGGUCACUGGAGCCAGCUGGACAGAGCCACAACCUGGCCAACCCCAGAAGAUAAGUGCAGUUUACCACCAAAUCCAGAGGUUCCCUCUGCCUUACAUAUAUGGGAAGGUGGGGAUAUAGACUGUUCAUACCACAGAAGAUAAAGUUUUAUAAGCCAGAACCUACAAUUCUCAAUUACAAAUUGACAGUCAGAGGUUAUAUAAAUUUAUAAAUAAAAACAUGGAAUACCAUUAAUUCUUGUCUGUGGUUGCGGAGAUUGAACAUGAUGGCAGCAGCAGCAGUUCUGAGGUGAUAAUGACGUUUGAUAUAAGUGAUUUUUGGCUUUUUAGGACAGAGGGACAACCUGUGCGUCCUCCACUAAAAACUUCACAAAAGAAGCCAAUUGAGGCAGCCUUAUAUGCAUUUUUUUUUUGCUUAUUCCUACAAAACAGGGCAGCGGGGACACCUCAAAUUAAAAAUUAAACAUGUUUUUUAACAAGAUGCUCUCAUGUUUAAAAAUUGAAUGGAUUCAAGAAUGGAGAGAGGUUCUGUGAUAUUUAUGGGUAAAGAUGAAACAAAUCUUAUAUAGAUAAAGAUUUUUUUUGUUACUACAAUGAAAAUCAGUCUACAAUAAAUAAGUAGCAUAUUACAUAGUAAUAAAUAAUCUAAUGCAACAACUAUCAUUAGUCUGGAUCUAAUUAUUAAAAAAAGAGGCAAUAAUUAUGCAGUUAAGGUACUUAUUGUUCCUUAUAAGGAACAAAUUUUACAAAACCAGUCUGCAUUGUUUAUUUUUUUAAACUAAGCCAUCAGUGAGUUGUUCAUAUCUAUAGAUACUCCAGUCCCCAGGCUGUGCCCUUCUCUGUGUUACUGUAUGUGCAGCUCUGUAACACAGCAUUGCUGUUGCUCCCAACAGGCCAUAAGCUUUGCACUGAGUUUGCAUGGCCUCGGAACUGAGGCUUGCCAGGUCUGCUCAGUUUGACCUUGUCCUGACCCACCUGUGACUUUGUUUUGCUUGGCACAACUGUGACAGCAGUUUCUUGAACUGAACUUCAUUUAUGAAAGGUUAACUCUGGGUUUAUGUAGGGAGAAGUGACAAAUAGUUCCUGCAGGUGGGAUGAGAUAUUUAGUACUCUUAGACAAUGACACAGUCCAGAGAAACACAGGCCUGGUACAACAGCAGAGAUCUUGUGAUGCGGAGGCACAGGAUGAAGGAGAACAGGCAGGGGCUGUGCUCACGUGCAUGACCCAACACCAAUAAAAUAGGAGCCUAAAGCAUGAUGUAGGUGUGCAAAGGUGCAGAGGUAAGAGGAGGAAAUGAUCCUUCCUGAGCCUGUACAUGAUAACCAGGUCAGCCCACACUAGACUGAAAUAUUCCCUCUAUCAUAGAUACCCCUGCCUUUGAACAGAGUAAAUGCUGGAAGCACUAGGGAGCUGUUGCCACAACACAGAGUAAUAUGUGGCACAGAGCCAGGCUGAAAAAGAGCAGCUUAUUGAUGCAGCAGUUUCGAUUCUCCAACUGCAGACUGUUCUGCUUCUUUGGCAGACUCAGAGAAAAGCUGGAGUUUCACUUUCUGUUUCCAGUGAAAGUGGUCACAGACCACAUGACAGUUGGAUUCUAUAAAAUGGGAAGCAUAAUAACAGUGAGCAGCACUCCUUCAGCUUUGAAGCUACUGAAGGCAAGUGAGCAGAAAAGGAAAACCAUGAGUACCAUUUCCAAGGAUUCCUUGAAGACUUCCCUGCUGCACUUACAAUGUCAUUUUACAUGGACUUUGCUGAAGCAAGAUGUAGAUAUUGAUGACCUAGAGGAAACAAUAGUCAAUCAGAUCAAAUAUUUCACAGAAUCUAACCUAACAGAUUAUAAUCUACUAUCCUAUAUAUGUCACCUAAAGAAUUCAAAUGAGAAAGCCCUGAGAAAUCUCAAGAAAGCUGAAGAAAUUGUUCAAAAACAUCAUCCAGAUGAAAUUGCCAGGAGAAGUCUUGUUACCUGGGGGAACUAUGCCUGGAUCUAUUACCACAUGGAGAGAUAUGAAGAAGCUCAAACUUAUGUAAGCAAAGUGGAAAACAGCUGCAAAAAGCUUUCAAUUACUGCUGAUGGGAAGAUGCAGCUUCCAGAGGUCUGUGCUGAGCAAGGAUGGGCAUUAUUACGUUUUGGGGGGAAAAACUAUGAGAGAGCGAAGAAUUGCUUUGAAAAUGCUCUAAAGGAUGAACCCGAUAACCCAGAUUUUAAUGCCGGCUAUGCAACAGCACUGUAUCGUUGGGAAAAUUUAGCUUCCAGAUGUGGUGAAGACACAAGCCCAUCCACUGAGGCCUUGAAGCGGGCAGUGGAACUGAAUCCAGAGGAUACUUGUGUUAUGGCAUUACUUGCAUUAAAACUUCAGGACUUAAAUCAAGUUGAUGAAGGUGAGAGGUACAUUGAAGAAGCUAUGGAAAAAACCCCUGAUCUUCCUUAUUUCCUGCGAUAUGCUGCUAAAUUUUACAGAAGGAAAGGAGAAGUGGGCAAGGCAGCGAAGAUUUUGGAAAAGGCCCUAGCACUGACACCAAAUUCUGGCUUUUUGCAUCACCAACUAGGAAUCUGCUACAGAGAAAAAGUAUUUCAAUUGCAAAGAACAAGAAAUGCACCUCAAGAUGAAGUGGAGAGACUCAUCGAGCUUGCCAUUUCUCAUUUUAAAUUUGUGGCAGACCAAAAGAAAAAAUUUGUUGCUGCCCAUACUGGCCUAGCAAACGUGUAUGCACUAGGCAAGAGAUAUGAAGAAGCAGAAAAGAUAUUUCAGGAACUGUUUCAGAGAAAUAAUCUACUCUGUCAUGAAAAACAAGAGCUCUACUACACUUAUGGCAAUUUUCAGCGUUUUCACAUGAGGUCAGUAUCAAAAGCCAUUGAGUAUUAUAUAGAAGGGCUGAAAAUGAAAGAAGAGUCCUUUGGAAGAAAUAAGUGCAGUGAAGCUGUGCAGAGAUUGUUAAGACAAAAAUUUGAGAGAGGUUCAAGAAAUGCAACAGAUUUUGGUACACUUGGACUCGUUCAUAAGCUAAAUGGUGAGAAACAAAAAGCAAUUGAGUGCUAUGAAAAAGCCAUUGCUUUGGAUCACAAUAAUGAAGAAUAUCAGAAUGCACUAUUUGAGCUACAACUCUCUAUCUCAAGCUAAAGCUCACAAAAAUCCUUCACACCCAAAAAACUCCAAACCCAACGACAUUUCAAGAGACUCUCUAAACUUUUUUUGUUCUUUCAUUGGUUGUUUUUUGUCUUAAGGUAGACUUUAUGACCAGAUGAAACAUGGGUGGUAUCACUUUCUGAUUAUAAUGUAGAAACUGCAGACGAUGAUUGUUCAUUUGUUCAUUUGCUAACAGAGAGCACGCUUAGAUAUAAUGUAACAUAUAUAAUAAUAGCUAUACAAUAAUAGCUCAUCUAACUUAGGUCUUCAAUACUAACGCGGGUCUAAAUGAUUAUCAGUAGAACACAGAACUUCUAAGCUAAAGAUGAGAUAUUACCUUCUACUGAGAAAAAGAUAAGGGAAUCAUAUGGUAGUAUUUUGUCUAGAUAGUUGAAAGGCAUGCUUAAACCAAAAUGGAAUUUCUGAUGCUUUUUCAAGUAUUUAAAAAAUAUCUUUUGUAGAAGGAACUUUUGUUGAAGGCUUGUUCAGUUUACUAACUUGUAUGCUCUUUAAUUAUGAAAAAUAUUAAAAAAGCAUUGUUCACUGUAAAGCUUAUAAAAUGUGUAUUAUUGUUGUGAACUACGAAAGGGUAUUAAAUCCAUCAACUAUU